CUCCGUCAGCGUCUCUCGAGAUCGACAGUGCUCGAUCGGGAGAGCUAUAAACGAUGGGCGAUUUCAACCUCGCUCUGGUGAUCGUCGCGAUAGUGGUGUGUGUGUUGGUGUUCAUCUUCAAUGUCUAUCUCCUCGUCAAUUUCCAGCACCCGGACGACGCCAAUCAGGCGUAUUUCCCUAAAUUCGUCGUCGUUUUGGGCCUUUCCGUCGCCUUGAUCUCCAUUCUCAUGUUGCCGGCGGAUGUCGCCAACCGGCAGGCGUGCAAGAAUGCCAUAUACAAUGGCGCCUGUAAUCUCACCCUCCCGAUGAAGGAUCUGUGGCUCGCUGUUUAUAUUGUGGAUGCUGUGCUUGUCUUCUUCAUUAUCCCCUUUGCCAUGUUCUACUACGAAGGAGACCAGGACAAGAGUGUUGGCAAACGGAUAAAGAGUGCAUUGUUGUGGGUGGUGACAACUGCUAUUGUGUGUGCUCUUGUGCUUGGCAUUCUAUAUGGUCUGGUUGGAAAGGUGGAUUUCACAGUAAUGCAUCUAUCAUCAUCCAACACAAACUUUCCCAGUUCUUGGGACUUCUCUAGCAGUCAACAAUGUAUAGGUGGAAGUGGUACACGUGUGUGCUCUGCAUAUUUGGCAAAUGCUUCAUCAGAAAAAACAUGGACAAUGCGCACUACCUUUCCGGAAUAUGUUGUUGCUCUUGCUACGAUUGUUGGAUCAGUCCUUUUUGCGAUAUUUGGUGGUGUUGGUAUUGCCUGUUUGCCACUAGGUCUUAUCUUUUCAUUCAUUCGGCGUCCAAAGGCUGUUAUCACUCGCUCACAAUAUAUUAAGGAGGCAACUGAACUUGGUAAAAAAGCCAGAGAAUUGAAGAAAGCAGCUGAUGCUCUCCAUCAGGAAGAAAGAAGUGGUUCAAAAGGUAGAAAGUGGCGGAAAAAUGUUAAGGCAGUAGAAAAGGAGUUGCUUCAGUUAGAAGAAGAUGUGAAGCUUUUGGAAGAGAUGUACCCUCAAGGAGAAAAGGCUGAAACUGCAUGGGCUUUGACUGUUCUUGGGUACUUGGCUAAACUUGUUUUGGGAUUCUUAGGGUUGAUUGUUUCGGUGGCUUGGGUAGCUCAUAUAAUUGUUUACCUGUUGAUUAAUCCACCACUUCAUCCUUUCUUGAAUGAGGUUUUCAUCAAGAUGCAUGAUGUAUGGGGUCUUCUUGGGACAGCAGCAUUUGCCUUCUUCUGCAUCUACCUUCUGCUUGCAGUGAUUGCUGGAGCAAUGAUGCUUGGUCUGAGACUAGUUUUCAUCACAAUUCACCCAAUGAAGUGGGGAGCCACUUUAAUGAACUCUUUUCUUUUCAAUGUGGGGCUGAUUCUUUUGUGUUCAAUCAGUGUAAUACAGUUCUGCUCCACAGCAUUUGGGUAUUAUGCUCAAGCAACUGCUGCACAAGAAAUAUUUGGCCAUACAUUGCAGUCUCUUCGUGGGAUUAAAUAUUUGUACAAGUAUAACGUGUUUCAAAUUGCAUUCGUCGUUCUAGCGGGAUUGACCUUUGUAUACUAUGCUGCCUUUGGAUGGAGGAGGAAAAAACCCAGUGGCAGGUUCCAACUUUCCACUUAAAACAGGCUUUACCUUGAAGUUGUGCUUCCUUGAGCUGUCAGAAUUCUCUGUUCUAUCAUCUCUUUUGAAUGUGUUCUUUUCAUACUCUGGAUGGGGAUGGCCUAGUUUUGCCCAAAUGUUGAAGAUUUAGAGAAGUAGGCAAACAUCUUCCAAGUGUCAAAUUGGGUUACCUGUAAUAGCAGUAGCAUGUUCCAGUGCCUCUACUUCCCUUUUUAAUGCUUGUUUUUUGCCUCGUGUAUGUAUUUUUAUUCUUUGUUUGAUUAAUGUUUACACAUUUGGCUUGAACAUGUAUUUUAGAUGUAUCCUCAUCACAAUGAGAACUGCGUUUCUAACUCAAAAGAUGAUGUAAUAUAACCUUGAAGAGCAGAAAUUUUAAUGA